CCCGAAAUUAAAUAUUGCAACGAAUUAAAUCGUUCGUUUUUUUUUAUGUUUUUAAUUUGAAUUAGUUUUUUUACUUUUUGCGCGCGUUGCACUUGAUACGUUCAUUUUUUUCGCGUGGUUUUUUUCGCUAAUUGCCUGAAUGGCAAAGGCAAAGUGCAAAGUGUGACAGUGCAAGAGAUUGAGAGCGAGAGUGAGAGGGAGCGAGGGUAGAGAAGGAAUCUGGUUGUGAUCCUCGCAAGCUGGAGCCGUGAAUCGCGCUCUGCGAUGUGGUGCGAGCUCUGGUAUUGCCGCCGAGCCACACCACAAAAGGGAGCUGGAAAGGAGACUGAGACAAGGAUUGCAAGUGGAACUAAAACUAAAACUGGAAGGAGAAGUCGGACUGGGACUGGAACUGGGACUGGGAUUGGGAUUGGGACUGGCGGACAGAAAGCAAAUGUAGUCGGCAGUUAGAGCAGGAGCCACCGUUGCCACCGUUGCCACCGCCAGAUGAGCCAGAUGAUCGAAUGGUGGUGAUCCUCCUACUGUCGCCAUGCACAUGCAGCCGCAGCAGCAGCAGCAGCCACGCCGCCCACCUCCUCGAUCCCAUCCAUCAGCAGCAGCAUCAGCAGCAGCAGCAUCACGUCCUUGUCCCAGCACCCGCACCGUCCAAAUCCGGUGAUUCGCCCAGCAGCAAUGAGUCCUCAUCGGCAUCUACCGGCGACACAGCCAUUCCGGCUGGAUACCUGCAGCUGCACCAACAGAAGCAACAGGAGCAGCAGCAGCUCCUACGAAAUCAUCCCAAUAAUUCCCACCAGCCUAGUCAUAGUCAUAGCCCAGCAUUAUUACUGCCCGCCGGCAGGUGGCUACCGUUGCCCUUGCCGCUGCCCCUCCCCCUGCUCCAGCCGGCGAAUCCAGUGCCCAAGCCACCGCGCACCCAUGGCAUCCACUGGCAUACAUCGCCGUAUCCCGUUUAUGCCGAUUAUCCUACCUAUCAGCCGCAUCCUGUCGCCUCCGAUCUACCGCCGCCCCCGCCGCCGCCGCCACCGGCAAUCGUCUUUCGCGUGCAAUCAUCACUGCCCAACGGGGGCUUCACCAAUGCCACCACCACCACAACCACCACCACUGACUACGUACGUCACGUGACCCGCGUUAACUUUUACGACAUUACUUCGCAGGUCGAAUUCGAGCCCAAAGAUGAUGAGGAGAGCAACGAGGCCACGGCAAGCAAUUGCGAUACAGAAGCUAUUACCAAAGAAGAGGAGUGGAUAACGAAGCGCAAGACAGAACUCACAACCACCAGACAGAUCGAAACGAGGGUGAAACGGCAGGUGAAGCUGCAGGAUGGCAAGGUCAUCGAGGACUCGGGCCCCAUUGUCUCCACCAACACCACCGAGGACACCGAUAAGCAGGAGACAGAAACUACCGAGAAACGUGACCUUGACCUGCCCGACGACCUUGAUGGCAAUGCCCAAUUGAUUGACGUGGCCGCCCUGCAAGCGGGCGCCGAUAACGAAACGCAGUUGGCCCAAAUCCAGGAGGUAUUCGGACCCGCCGAAGGAGCUGGAAAGCUGGUCAAACGGAUGGUUCCCAGGCCGACGGAUGGUCUGGUGCGUCAGGUGGACGAUAAGCGGGUAAUCUCCCACGAGGAGAUCAAGGACUACCACGAAACGGAGGAUGUCAAGCACCUGGGUGACUUUACAGACCAGACUUACGUAAACGCCGUGCGCGACGGUGUCGAGGACCUCGAAGCCGUACUGUGUUCACCGGAGAGCCAGCGGCAACUGGCACCUCUCGGUCCCCAGGUGGUGGCCAGCCGAAGCAAGUCCCGGAAGACCAUCGACUCGGAGGACACACGUAAGCGCUGCCUGGCCCAGGAAGACGGUACCCUGGUCACCGAGAGUCGGCGAACCACUGAGCACGAACUAAUCGUCGACGACGAGCUGCCACCAGACGACGCCGAUCCCAACGCCACCAAUCCUUCCCAGCGGAAUGAACGCGGCUUGCAACAGUUGGUGGGCGCCACAAGGGAGCAGGUGACCACCACGGCGGCCAAUCAGCGAUUUUUCCGGCAGCGCGACGAGCAGCAUGUGGAUGUGCUAGCCAACGGAAGGCUCCACUCCACCGAGAUGCGCUACGCCGCCGAGACGACGCAAAUGGACAAGGACGGGCCCGCGGAGCUGGAGCGACCGGGCGACUGGGAUAGCCUCUCCGAUCGGAUGCGCAAACUGCGCCGAUCCCAGCAGCAGCAGCAGAAGGAAGUGGCCCUGCUGGCGGAUCGCAAAGAUGCCCUUACCAAGCGGCCUCUGGACUUCGAUCGCGAAGAGGAGACACGCAAGGGCGAGACCAUGAAGUGGCUGGAGUCGCACUUUGGCAGCGAGUCCACCGCCUCCAACGAUUCCCGUGACGACGAGGCCGAGGCGGAGGUGGAGCCCACCAAGAAGAGCUACUUCAAUGUGACCAUCAAGUCGCAGAGCCAGCCGCAAGCUGCCCACAUCCAUGCCCAGUCCCACCUGGCGGCCAGCACUCAGCAUAGCCAGCAUACCCAGCACUUGCAUGCCCAUCAUCCCCAGACGCUGCCCAGGAGCGCAGAGCGGGAAAGGGAAAGGGAGCGAGACCGUCAUCCGCCGGCGAUGGUGACCGCAUCCGCAACGCUGGAGCGAAAGCCAGCGACGGCCAAUGCCACAGCUAUCGGUUGUGGUGGUCGCUCCAAGUACUUCCAGGGGAUCUCCAAUUGGUCGGAGCGCAAGGAUCCCACAGGUCCGCCCGUCAACCACUUCUCCUCGCAGGCUUUCCGCGAGGAUCUGCAGGAAACCAUACGGCGCAAUGGGCUCAAGAAGAAGGUGAGUGGCCCCGGGUCCAGUCACAGCUCUGUUCUGCCAUCGCCAGGCCAUCAGGACAUUAGCCGGCAGCAGCAGCAACAGUCCAAGGACAGCUAUGUCAGUCGCGAGGACAUACUGCAGCAGAAGCGCCAGAGCCUGUCCUCACAGUUCCUGGCCCGCUCCAUGCGUGGCUCUCGCGAUGCCCUCGACGAUCUAGAGGCGAUUCCAGGACCAGGACCCGGACCCGGACCAGGUUCAUCCAUGAUAUCCGGCCGUGCCGAGGAGCCGUCGCACAAGAGAGUUGCCUACGGCCAUCGCAGCGGAAGUAACACCACCAACACCAGCACCAGUGGUCACCACAUUAACGGUCAUGGACAUGCGGUAAACGGACAUGGACCUGUCCUGGUCAAUGGACGCGGCAAGAGCUAUGAGCCAGCACCUCCACCGCCACUGCCAUCGGCGGUGGCUCCGCCCAUGGAAAGCAGCAGCAGCAGCCUGGGUCUUAAUUCGCGACCCACCGUGCCGCAGCGACGACGUGCCAUCGAGAAAAAGCUGGGCGAGCACAGCCACACAUCUCAUGUCCAUAGCCACAGCCACAGCCAGGUCAAGUCGCUGGCUCCAUUGCCGGGUCAGUUGAAUCAACUGGAGCCGCCGCCGGACUAUUCGCCGCCUCCAAGGAGUCGCAGUCGCUCAUCCUCGCCACAGGUGGACUACUUGAUGACCAGGGAGCGAGAGGUUCCAGCUAGCACCAUGACCCUUAGCCGGAAGCAGCAGCAGCGGACAAGAUUUGCGCCCACAUCCAGUUACCCGCCGGCAGCAGGAGCAUCAGCCGCCGGCGGUGGUAAUCUACGAAUGCCAACGGGUGUGACCUCUGCCUCCACCUCGAAUCUUUCGGCCAUGAGUGGCGGCCCAGGGGGAGGCGUUAGCACCUCCAAAUCAAGUCGCAUGGGCCAGGUGAUUGGCAACUCGCUAAGGAAGUUGGUCAGCAAGAUACGAUCGGCCAGUGCUGAGCGCAAAUUCCGGAUGAAAUCUGCGGCCAGCAAGUCGCGGGAACAGUCGCCCAGUCCAGGUCAUGAUCCAAGGGGAGGCAUCGGUGGUCCACCGCCGGUGACUACCUAUCAGCAAUACAAUGUGAUUGAUGGUCACAUAGGUCAUGGCCACAGUCAUGACUCCGAGGACUCCAACAGCGACAAUCAAAGGCGCAGGGAGCGGGAGAGGGAAAGGGAAAGGGAGAGGGAACGGGAUCGAGAGCGCGAACGGGAUCCUCUGAAGCAGGAGACCCAAACCCGUCAAAACUUUAAACGCGCCGAGUCGGCAGAUCCCCAGCUGCAGCACCUGGAGCAAGCCAUCAGUCCCAGGCAGCGUUACUAUCUGGGCGAGGAUCCCUAUUCCAGCACGCUCUACGGCAAGGAGAAUCUCUAUGAGCGUCGUCCACGUCAGCGAAAUGUCCCGGAGCGUCCAGAGGAGCGAAUGGAACGUCUGGAGCGGCUGGAGCGUGAGGAUGACUACUACGAAUCGAGGGCACCGCCGCCGCCGGUGACAGCUGCUCACACCCUGGGACGCUACCAGAAGCAUGGCCAGCGUUUUAGCGGCUCCACGCCCAAUCUCCACCAGCAGCAGCAGGAUUACCGCUCGGCCCAAACGCUGCCCAGAAAGCUGCACGAGCAGCGAACCCAGAGAUUUGGGAAUGCGCCACCGCCACAGGGCAGGGCCAGCAGUUAUCUGGGACAACAGCAGCAGCAGCAGUCCUCCAGGGGCAUUCCCCAGAACCAGAACCCCAACCAGAUACCUAUCCAAUCGCAGUCGCAGCCACUUGGACCGGCCAAACCGGCUCGCACCUACGCCAAGGUCCUGAAUCGCAGCAAGAGCUUCAAUGUCCAUGGCAUGAACGGCAGCAACGAUCCUAGUCCCAUCUACAUUGAGAAGCUCACCCGGAAUAACUACCACCAGGCUGCUAGGCAGGAGCCAGGCUUUGGCUAUGGCCUGGGCCAGGGGCCCAACUCCAACUACAAAUCCAAUCCGCAUCUCUUCUCCGGCAAGGACAACUCCCUGAAGAGUGGCCUCAAGAGUCCCUCGAUCGUUAAUCUGAUCAGUCGCAGCCAAAAGGAUCUGACCAAGAUAGCGGGCAACGAGGAGGACGAGCUGAGUUACCAGGGACAGGAGCAAGACAAGAAGCAGCUGUAUCUGCGCGGUCUGCACCAGCAGGCACCGGAUCUUUAUCGCGUGAUUCACGGCGACGAGGACUAUGUUACGCCGCCGCAGCAGCAGCAGCAGCAACGCAGCAACGGCAAACAUCCGCUGCAGGCCAAGUACUCGCUCGACUCCCGAUCGCCGCCAUCCGUGGAGCUCAACAAGGACACGGCCAGCAUUGUGCGGCGCAGCAGCGAGGUGGAUCACCAUCAGCAGCACCAGCAGCUCCACCAUGUUCAGAGCCACCAAACGCAGAACCUGCGCCGCGGCUCUGGAGCCACCAUCAUUGAGCUGCGUACCGCCGGCGGCGGUGGCAUGGGCCAUCGCAAGUAAUUCCUAGACAGUGAUCCCAGCCAGAGAAACUCCUCCACAGUCGAACUUCCUUCUGGGUCUUUUUUUAUAAAUUCUGUUUCCUAAAUAUUGUUUGUUUUUUCAAAAAAUCCUUUCAAAUGUUACUUCAAAUCAAAAAUCCUUUCAAACUUUUAACUGAAAAACCUUUUAAACGUUUACUUCGAAUUAAGACUCCCUGUCAAAUUGUGCUAAGAACCAAUAAUCGCUUCAAAAUGUUAAUUUAAACUUGAUUAAUCCAUAAACCAGGGAAGUUCGACUGAAUAUUUAUAUCCCCCCGCUAGGACCCUUAAUCAUCCAUAACUAUUUGCUAACAAAGGCUCGAACCUUGGGCUUUAGUUUCAUUUGUCAAGCAGCAAAUAAAAGUAAAAGGCCAAAAUUGAAUGUUAAAUGAAAGACAAGAAAUGCCCUAAAAGCAAGACAUAAUUAUAUAAAUAUAUUAAAAGUAGAAUGGGAUAUACAUAUGUAUAGUGUCCUGUCCUGCCGCCACGCCUCUUCCAAUCGUAAUAAUUUGAUAAUAUUAUAUAAUGAUGCCUACGUCUAAUUACACAUCCAUCUACUAUAUCAUUUUUGUUUUUUUUUUUUACUACUAAUAUUAACGCUUGUUGUAUAGAUACCGUUUUAAUGCAUAAAACUAACUAAUAUAACUAAUAUUAAUGCGAUAAUUAUUGUACAAUUUCUGAUUAAUAAACAAAUUGCAAUUAAAAUUAAAAAAUAAA